AUGUCAAGAACAAAACAGACAGCUUCAAAAGCACUUGGAGGAAAGGCUCCCAGAAAGGGCAUGUCGAUGAAGUCGGUCCCGUCGUCUGGAUCUUCAUCUGCCGUGCCUAAGGGGACGAGGUUCAAGGCUGGAGCUCUUGCCCUGAAGGAGAUAAGAAAAUACCAGAAGAGUACAGAUCUGCUUAUAAGGAAGAGGCCGUUCCAGAGGAUGGUCCGGGAGUUAUGCAAGAGCGGAGAAGGCAUAAGAUUCCAGGCUUCUGCAAUUGUUGCCUUCCAGGAGGCUGUUGAAAAUUUCCUUACAAAUCUUGUGGAAGAUGCCUAUAGAUGUGUUCUACAUGCCAAAAGAGUUACUCUGAUGCCGAAGGAUAUUUGUCUUGUGUAUAAGAUAAAGUAUGCGAACAUUUUGUAUGCAGCCCUUGACUGA